AAAAAUACGUUUUCCAACACUACAUUUCAUAUUUCACCAGAAAGAAGGAAAACAAAACAUAAAAACACGGCAAAAUGAGCUCCCAAACACCCGAAAAAGUGCAAUUACCCGAUGAGGAAUUGGAUUGGAUACAAAUGCGCAUUGAAUCUGGGCCUGUGUUCCCGGAGUCAACCAAAGAGAAGAUGAUGCGCAAGAUUAAGGAAAAUCCCUUGGUACCAAUCGGAUGUAUAGCUACAGCGUGUGCCUUGGGUUAUGGCCUGUAUAACUUCCGUACGGGGAAUCGUAGAAUGUCCCAAAUGAUGAUGAGAGCACGUAUUGCUGCUCAAGGCUUUACAGUUGUGGCCCUGAUUACUGGUGUGGUGAUGACAUACGGAAAGAAGGACAAGUGAGUCUUGAGCAAUGUGUCAUCGGCGUUUUCGUGAAAUAUUUGGUUUGAAGAAAAGUGUAACAGUCGUAGCCUGUUGCAUUAUUUCAUAUGUUAAUGCAGAAGUUAGUGUUGAGUAUAACUAUCUAGUUUAUAGUAUUUUGUAAAGAAAAAAAAACUUAAAUGUUGAAAAUAAAUAGAGCUGUGGGAAUUGUA